CACAGCCACAAACGCGCAGCACUUCGGCAGGAGCAAGUUGAGGCCAACCGUUACGCGCUACGAUUCAAUAUAUCUGUACGGAAGAAUUUAUUUAAACGGGACAGUUCGUUGCGUUAAGGUGUCGCCCUUUGGAUUCAUUGUCAGAGGAGUCAGUGAUACAUCCAAAGAGAUAACUCUCGUAUAAAUUGAAAAUCUACGUUUCGAUUCCUCCGCCCAGGCGACUGAGGCGAGAUAACCAAGAAGCGCACAAUCCCAAGCACAAGAGGCUUGGCUGAUCCAUCAUUGUGGCUCUUCCAGCGGUGGCAUGUUCGAGGGAUAAAGGGGAUAGAAUUGAACUCCUACUUUCACCUAAAGAGGAUUCAAUGAAAAUGUCCGUCUGCGUCCAUGAGAACCGCAAGUCGCGUGCCAGCACCGGCUCCAUGAACAUCUACCUGUUCCACAAGUCCUCCUACGCGGACAGCGUCCUCAUGCACCUCAACGCCCUCCGCCAGCAGCGGCUCUUCACCGACGUCCUGCUGCACGCCGGGAGCCGCUCCUUCCCCUGCCACCGCGCCGUGCUCGCCGCCUGCAGCCGCUACUUCGAGGCCAUGUUCAGCGGAGGCCUGCGAGAGAGCCAGGCCAACGAGGUGGACUUCAGGGACUCCAUCCACCCCGAGGUCCUGGAGCUCCUCCUGGACUACGCCUACUCCUCGCGCGUCGUCAUCAACGAGGAGAACGCCGAGUCGCUGCUGGAGGCCGGCGACAUGCUGGAGUUCCAGGACAUCCGGGACGCCUGCGCCGAGUUCCUGGAGAGGAACCUGCACCCGUCCAACUGCCUGGGCAUGCUGCUGCUCUCCGACGCCCACCAGUGCACCAAGCUGUCGGAGCUGUCCUGGGGCAUGUGCCUGAGCAACUUCCCGGCCAUCUGUAAGACGGAGGACUUCCUCCAGCUCCCCAAGGACAUGGUGGUCCAGCUGCUGUCCCACGAGGAGCUGGAGACGGAGGACGAGAGGCUGGUGUACGAGGCGGCCCUCAACUGGGUGAACUACGACCUGGAGAGGCGCCACUGCGGCCUGCCGGAGCUGCUGCGCACGGUCCGCCUGGCGCUGCUGCCCGCCAUCUUCCUCAUGGAGAACGUCUCCACGGAGGAGCUGAUCAACGCCCAGGUGAAGAGCAAGGAGCUGGUGGACGAGGCCAUCCGCUGCAAGCUGAAGAUCCUGCAGAACGACGGCGUGGUCAACAGCCCCUGCGCCCGCCCCCGCAAGACGAGCCACGCCCUCUUCCUGUUGGGCGGACAGACCUUCAUGUGCGACAAGCUCUACCUGGUGGACCAGAAGGCCAAGGAGAUCAUCCCCAAGGCGGACAUCCCCAGCCCCAGGAAGGAGUUCAGUGCCUGUGCCAUCGGCUGCAAGGUCUACGUCACGGGGGGGCGGGGCUCGGAGAACGGCGUGUCCAAAGAUGUGUGGGUGUACGACACCGUGCAGGAGGAGUGGUCCAAGGCGGCACCGAUGCUCAUCGCCCGGUUUGGCCACGGCUCAGCCGAGCUGAAACACUGCCUCUACGUGGUGGGAGGGCAUACCGCCGCCACGGGCUGCCUGCCGGCCUCGCCCUCCGUGUCACUCAAACAGGUGGAGCAGUUCGACCCGGCGACCAACAAGUGGACCAUGGUGGCCCCUCUGAGAGAAGGCGUGAGCAACGCGGCAGUGGUCAGCGUCAAACUCAAGCUGUUUGCAUUCGGGGGCACCAGCGUCACUCACGACAAACUACCCAAGGUGCAGUGCUACGACCCGCAAGAGAACCGUUGGACGGUGCCCGCCUCCUGCCCGCAGCCCUGGCGCUACACAGCCGCCGCCGUCCUCGGAAACCAGAUCUUCGUCAUGGGCGGGGACACGGAAUUCUCGGCGUGCUCGGCCUACAAGUUCAGCAGCGACAGCUACCAGUGGACUAAGGUGGGCGACGUCACGGCCAAGCGGAUGAGCUGCCAGGCGGUGGCAUCCGGCAACAAACUCUACGUCGUGGGCGGGUACUUUGGCACGCAGCGCUGCAAGACGCUGGACUGUUACGACCCGACGCUGGAUGCCUGGAAUAGCAUCACCACAGUGCCCUACUCGCUUAUCCCCACCGCCUUCGUCAGCACCUGGAAACACCUGCCUGCCUGAGCAAGGCAUGCUGGGACUGCCCAAGCCAACACCCCCUGCCUGCAUCCCAUGAGAUUUCCCUGUUUUGCAUCAUCCACUGGAUUCAAACUGUGAAGACCAAGAAGAAGAAGCAACCUCUUAAACUUGCUGUGCAAUCAAAAUAACAUGAUCUCUCUCCUUUUUUCUCAAAACAACACAAACAAUGGGAUAAUCCCCCCACACACCCUCCUCCGCACACACACACACACACACACACACACACACACCUAUCUCGCGGGUGGCAUUGUGGCCACUCAGAAUCAAUGGAACCACAGAACCAUCGUGUCCCUGCGUAGACCUGUGACCAGACGGAUGUCAUCUUCCAUUUGUGCUGGUGUCAUCUAGGGUUAGAAGUAACCAACCCUGACGCAUUUCUGAGGGGAACCUUUCGGAUGCUGUUUGUUCAGAAACACCAAACAACCUGCUGCUUGUUCUAAAAAAGACCAACUUGUUGUACUAUUUACAUAUCAUGCUUGUGCUCUUCAGCCUUUAAUAGCAGCACUCUACACAUAUCACACCUCUCCCCUUUUAUUUCCGUCCUGCCAUGAAAGACUGCCGACCCGGUAAUGGCUAUUCACUACGAUAUAUAAAAAGUAAAUAAAAUAAAAAUAUACCUUCUGCGCAAGGCUGGACGGAGGGAUGAAGGAUGGAGGAUUAAAGGAGUGGUUGACAUCGGCCGGUUCGGACGGCUGACACCCUGACAGCACAAUUAGGAAGUGACCUUCCCGCCCUCCUCUGUUUCCUUUGACUGAGAGACUCCAGGAUCUCUCCAUCUGGGAGAAGAAGGCAUCAGGUCUGCUCCCGCCAGCAGACCAUGCAGAGGGCUGGGGUAGUCUGGCUGGCCCUGGCCCUGGCUGUCCCUCCGCCUCCUCAGAAGCCUGGAGGCCCGGCACAAGUCACACCCCGGCACCAGUCACACCCCCCGCAGGAGGUGUGGUGGGGUGGAAAAGCUACAAAAAGGGAGGGGGUCAUCAUGCCCUGACAUGCCUGUUAAGGUGAAGCUGUGAGCCCCCCACCGCCACCCCCCCCCCCACCCCCCAUCUCCCCUCCAGCCCUGUACAGACAGCUGAACAUUCACUCUCCUGACAAAGUCAGGUACACAGCAGAAUGGACCAUACCCACAAUGGCACAAGACAGUGCGCACAUGAUACUGUAAUGACUGACAGUUCACAUAAAGCUCCAAUGAAAGAAACGGUCUUGUUGACUACUGAUGGACGUUCGCCCGUGGCUGAGGCGGCGAUUCAGAACUUCUUCCGAGCUAGCUGCACGGUCAUAAGAGUCUAGUUACCUUGGUAACCAGAUGGAGUCCUCUUAAUUUAUAUGAAACGAUUCAUUUUGUUUAUGUUCCAAAUGUUUAAUCCUAUUUAUUGUUUAAUCUCUGCCUGCAUUCAUACAUACGUGAAUGUCUGUUUGGGGUGUUACAUGCAUGGCCCAGUUUUUGUAUGUGUUUUAUCAAACUUUUUUGAGCUGCUUUUUUUGCACAGUUCAACUGCUCCCAAGUGGAACCUGUUCUUUUUCCAAGGGGGCGUGGCUGAUCUCCCUUCUGUUAAGUCAGGGGAGGGGGGGAGGGGGAGGGGAGGUGGGUGACACGGUCAGAGUAUGGUCAGAUGUAGGGAGAAGGGGGACAUAGCUCAGAUUACCCAGGGUGCAAGUGGCCAGAUCAGGAAGUUGCAAGCCAGAUGACGUAGAUGGCCUGAUGUGGGCGGACCCUCGUCGCCCACCUCCUCGUACAUUCUCAACGCUCAAGUCUUCUCUUGAAGCUCGGUUUCAUUCAAAGGACCGUAUUUACCUUUGAGCUGGGGCAAACCAACCCCAACAAAUGGCCUACUAGAUGCAACGGAGGCUCCAUACAGUAGAACUAACAACUACUCUGCAUUUAAAAACGUGAUGGCCGCCAGGAUGCUAGAGAAGCUCGCAGGCGUGUCCCAGGAACAGUAAGGGCCAUCAUCACCACCGAGAUCCGGGCUCGGAUCCUGACACAACAGCCCCUGCUGCAGUUAGUAUGUCCGGAAUGCAGAGUGACAGCAGCUGUCCCCUGGAACAGCUGGUACUGUGUCACAUGUCCCAGAACUCCAGACAGACCCCUGAGUCACAUUGAGAAUGAAGAAGAGGAGGAGGAAGGGCAGAGCGAGGAGAAGGAACAGGAGAGUUAGUCAUUGAACCCUGCUCGCUGUGUUCACAAAGGGCAGACACCGCAGUGCUUUUUCACCAUUGUGUCACCGAUGCACAAAAAAAAUGACAAAAAAAACAUUGCGAAUAGGGUUUUUAAAAGACCCCCAAAAAAUGAGAAUGUCUUUUAAUACUUGCAUCUAAAACUAGGUACCUGUCAUGGAUUCCUGGGGUGUGUUGCCUGUUACGUCUGUCUAGCUAAUCUCAACCCUAACUACUGAACAUUCGUAAAUCUAUUAUACCUUAUUAAUACUAGGUAUGCGAGUUGAGUAUUAUUCUUUUUCUGGAUGUACACACGGAUGGAUUCAGUAAAUCCAUUCACCAUGCUUCAGAAUUCAAAAGGUAGAACUCAACAUUCCUAACUGAUUGUUGGAACCCCAACGAACACCAAUGAUUUCAAGAAUUCUCCGGAGACCUCAUUGGCUCCCUUGAUGUCAGCCCCUGAACCGCUGUUCUCAGAACACGGCUGAAUCACCAAUCAGAUGAGGGGGUUCCUUCCCUUUAGAACACAAGCUACAGAGACGGUCUACAAUGAAUGCCCCUGCUAUUCACGCGCAAGUGUUAAGUGAUGUUUUCCUUGUGGCCUCCCUCUCUUGCUCGUCUCACCCAACUGACUCGACACACUGAACAUAGGACAGCUCUCUGCUCCCUGUCUUUCUCACAGACUGGCUUUCAAUAUACGCAAAAAUAUAAAUGUAAAUUCAGACAGUAUGCAUAUUUAAAAACACCGUCAAAUGUGCUUUGGUUCCUUUAUUGUCGUGUCAAGAUUUGAUUUAAUUUCUAUUUUUUUAGAUGGCAUUGUUUUGUACAUGUGAUUCUUUUCACAAUGUGAAAUUCAUGGCAAAUAAACAAAAGAGUUUUUCCUCUUGACUGUAAACUUAA